GUUGUAUAGCCAACUGUGUUGUUCUAAUGUCACUAUGAUUUUAAUACAAAUCUUACUAGGAAAGUGCUGCUAUCGGGAAAAAUUCAAAAUAAAAACACCUCCAAAUGAUGCAAUUUCUGCGGUUGAAUUUGGUCCUAAUUCUACGCAAUUUCUACUUGUUUCAUCAUGGGACAGUACGGUUCGAUUAUAUGAUAUACAUGCAAAUAGUAUGAGGUUAAAGUAUAACCAUGAUUUACCGGUUUUAGAUGUGGCAUUUCAGGAUGCGGUGCAUGCUUACAGUGGUGGUUUAGGAAACACAUUGAAGAUGUAUGACAUCAAUAGUAAUACUGAAUCAGUUAUGGGAACACACGACAAACCGAUCAGAAAAAUAGAAUAUUGUGGUGCGGUGAAUGCUAUUUUAACCGGUGGUUGGGAUGCUGCUGUAAAGCUUUGGGAUCCGAGAACUCCUACUUGCGUUGGUAGUUAUCUGCAACCAGAUGUAGUUUUGGCUUUAUCUGUUUGCGGAGAUAAAUUUGUAGUAGGUACAGCUAAACGGAAAGUCUGUAUUUGGGAUUUGAGAAAUAUGGCUGGUAUGUUUCAAAGACGAGAAAGUAGUCUAAAAUAUCAAACAAGAUGUAUUAAAGGAUUCCCUAAUGAACAGGGUUACGUUUUAAGUAGUAUAGAAGGCAGAGUGGCAGUGGAAUAUUUAGAUACGACACCUGAAGCGCAGAAGAAAAAAUAUGCUUUUAAAUGUCAUCGAAUAAAGGAGAAUAAUGUUGAGCAUAUUUAUCCAGUUAAUGCUAUUAGUUUUCAUUCUACUUAUAAUACCUUUGCCACCGGUGGAUCAGAUGGAUUUGUUAAUAUAUGGGACGGUUUUAACAAAAAACGUUUGUGUCAAUUUCAUAGAUAUAACGCUGGUGUUGCUGCACUUAGUUUUAGUCAUGACGGUUCUGUACUGGCUAUAGGUGUAUCUUAUUUAAAUGAAUCACAAAUACCACCUGGUGGUACAGACGAAAUAGAAAUUUAUAUAAGAUAUGUUAACGACCAAGAAACUAAACCUAAGUAACAUUAUGCCAUCUUAAUAGGAGCAUUAAUUAUAGUUCAAAAAUUAUUUAUAUCGCUCGCUACAGAUCAGAUUAAGACGGCAUUGAAAACUUUUAACGAAUAUUCUUUUUCUAUGCAUUGUCAUGUAAAUAUCAAAGACUAUCAGGAUUUUACACUUUUAUAUUUCUAAAGACAUCUACUUCGUUGUUAACAAUGGACUGUGAAUGGUCAAUAUUAUAUAUAUAAACAUUACAAUGAUUCUGACUGAAGAGUGAAUCAAUUAUUCAAAAUUAUUAAAACAAAGACGAAUUAUUUGAAUAAACUAUCGUUUUUUUUAAA